UGCACUCGCGCGCCACUCGGAACCACAAGCGCGUGGGCGGUGCCGUAGGGGCUCGUCUACGACACUUCUUGCAUCGAUCUCGCGCGCGGCGGGGCUGCCUUGGGGGUUCAUCCAUGGCGCGCCUCGUUGCCACCAUCGCGCUGGGGUGGGCAUCCACGGUCGCCGCGUACGAGCACGGAACAAGCACCGGCAUUGACGGCUGGCUCGAAGACCACAAUUACUUCCGAUGCCUGCACAACGCGGAGCCGGUCAGCUGGGACUACGGCCUCGAAGAAAAGGCCCGGUACCUCGCCGACCAGCAGACGAUGUCUCACACGCCGGACGUGUACAACGUGAAACCGUCGUCCGGGGAAAACAUCGCCAUGGGAGGCGGCACGUUCACGUGCGGCGACUACACCGGUCCCUACAACCAGAACUGCGCCACGUACAAUUGGUAUCACGAGUACACCGACUGCUGGAGCCCCGUUACCGGCUGGCAGCCGGGGAUGUGCACCAUCGGCCACUUCACGGCCAUGGUCUGGAAGGGCGUCACGAAGAUCGGCUGCGCGUCGAGCGGCAACUACCACGUCUGUGAGUAUGGAAGUGAUAGAUGCAUGGACGGCAUCGACGGCGGCUGCUCCAGCCCGUCGCCGCCGGGCGUGCCGAACUUUAACUCGGGCUCGUGCGGCGACGAGUGCGUCGAGGCGGCCGUCAACACCGAGACCGCGUGCAAGGCGACGAACGACGUCCUCCCCGAUCCCUCGGGAGACGCGGGGAGCUUUUCCUCGUGGUGGUGGCCAGUCUCCUCGAACAAGGGCGGCGAAUCUGGCGUCCUCUGGAAGGGCUUGCUUGCGUGGGCCGUCGUUAGCUGUGUGGAAAUCAAAAUUACGGCGCGUUCGUGCUGAAUCGUCGCGUCGUCCUCCACGCCAUCGACGCGACGCCUGCUCGAUGGCGUGGCGAUGCCGAUUCCUCACCGCUCGACCGAGCCAGCGCGGCCGCGUCGUCGCCGAGAAAUGACUUAGGGAAAGAAUUGUCGGGUGCACCCGACGCACUGGUUGAUUUCCACACAGGUCGUUAGUGUCAUUUGUUUUGCCAUCUUCGGCGCCGACGCCGCGGGCAAGUACCACAUCUGCGAGUCGAGCGAAGCGGCCAAGCCGGCUGGUGGCGCGCCGCCGGCAGGCGACGGCGUCGUCGAGGAGCAGCCGGAAGCCUCCGCCUAAUUAGCAGUAUGAA